AUGCAGCAACAGUCUUUCUACGAGAGCAACAUUCCUAUUGCCAUUUCUCAUCUUCGGAACGAUGGGCAAAUCCCUACCAUCCUUCAGUACUUUGAUGGCGGUCAAUGUCGCGUAUUCAAGCUUCUUGAGUCCGAAGCUCAAAUUCUCCGGGAACUCGAAUUGAAGGGAUUCUUAUGGGCCGCAAGGCUUCGGGGCUGUAGUCUGACGUUCGACAAUGCCAUCAAAUACCCCUUCAUCGCAUUGACAUGGAUUCCGGGCAGUCAGCUUUCAUGGUCCGAUAAUUUUCCGACGCAACCUCAUCGGAAUAGAAUCUUGGAUCAAGUUGCGAAGAUGCACACAUCACUGAUUGAAUGUAGCAAGCAGGCUCGUACGUUGAAUGCCUUUCGUUCAAACUGGGCCUUGCUUACAAGUCCAGGGGGUUCUAGUCUAAAACAUUUCACCCGGAUAAUUCAAAACAAGACCCGUCGAGUUCGCGAGGGCCUUCUUCCAGAAAUCACAGCGAAGGAUUGCUCUGAACAGAUGAAGAUUCUUCCAGAUAUUCUUUUGUCUGAGCUUGACGAAGCACCCUUCGCCAUUGCCCACGGCGAUUUAUCACCACAGAACAUUCUCAUAGAUGCAUAUCACAAUGUCACAGGCAUAAUCGAUUGGGGAUUUUCGGCGAGGGUACCUUUCCAGCAGGCAGCCUGCUUCCCCCGUUUUCUCCAACUCCAGAACAUCGACAUGUCGCCAAGCUCUACGCUCCUGAAAGACCGGGAGACAUACAUCACCUCGAUUCGACGCCAAAAUAACCUGGUAGCAUCUUUAAUGAUGAUUCAAGUGCUUUCAUCGGAAAAUGUUGACUUUCAACACUGCUUCCUGGAAUCGAUUAUUAGCAAAGGAAUGCAUCGUCGAUUGGCACGUAACGGAUGGAGGCUUUCACCUUAUGGACGGGCUGGAGACGGAGAAGAUGACAGCCGCAAGAAGAAUGGGACUCUUUUUUUCUCAUUCUAG